AGAGAGGGAGCACAAAAGAGGGAGGGAGGGAGGAGGGUGUGGGACUAUAGAGGUGAGGAGAAUCGCACACACAGGACGGGGCUGGGGAAUUAUUCCUUACUCCUGCAGGAAACAGAGUGAGGGGGACUGAGAGGACUGCGUGUUUCUGGAACUUUCCGCUGCUGAGGAGUGAAGGCUGAGGCUGGACAUGCAGAGUGUGGGGUCUCCCGGGGGCCGCACCAUCUCGGAGGAGCAGUUCCUGUGCUCCAUCUGCCUGGAGGUGUUUGUGGAGCCGGUGUCCACGCCCUGCGGGCACAGCUUCUGCAAGGCCUGUCUGCAGGGCUACUGGAGCCACAGCAAGCAGUGUCUGUGUCCCAUGUGCAAGAAGAGCUUCCCCAAACGGCCCGAGCUCAGCGUCAACCGCGUGCUGGCGGAGAUCUCCGCCCACUUCCAGGGCCUGGGUGUGGCCGAGGCGGGGCCCGCUGAGCAGGAGGGUGGAGACUUUGCCCGUCCGGGUGAGGUGCCCUGCGACUCCUGCAUCGGGAAGAAGCUGAAGGCGGCGCGGUCGUGCCUGACCUGCGCAGGGUCCUUCUGUGAGGCGCACCUGCAGCUCCAUCGCAAGGUGAGGGCACCCGCCGCUCACCACCUCGUCCCGCCCAUCCCCCGACUCAGCGACAAGAUCUGCAAGAAGCACCAGCGCCUUCUGGAGGCCUACUGCCGCAGCGACCACACCUGCGUCUGCCCCACCUGCGCAGACGCCACGCACAAGACUCACGACAUCGUCUCCGCAGACAGGGAGUGGAAGAAGAAAAUGAGCCAGCUGGGAAAGAGGAGGUCAGAGGUCAAACACCUGAUCAAAGAGAGAGCCAAGAAGCUGGAGGAAAUCAAACAGUCCAUCAAAGUCAUCAAAAGCUCGGCGCAGCGGGAGCUAGAGGAGAGCUGGCGGGUGUAUGCUGAGCUGCAGCGCUGGGUGGAGCAGAGCCAGGCGGAGCUGGUGGAGAGGAUCGCCACGCGGCAGAGAGAGGCAGAGAGACAGGCGCAGGAGCUGGCCCGCGGGCUGGAAGAGGAGCUCGCUCUGCUCCGCAGGAGGAGCAGUGAGCUGGAGGAGCUGGCCCACACCGACGACAAAGUGCUCUUCCUGCAGGGUCAUGCAGCCCUGCCACCCCCCCUCGAGCCCAUGGACUGGUCGGGCGUGUCCGUCAACACUGACCUUUACGUGGGGACAGUGAGGUCAUCAGUCAGUGCCCUGCUGGAGAGGUUUCAGGAGGAGCUCAAGACACUCUUCAGCAGAGAGCUGAGGAAGCUGCAAAACUACGCAAGUGAGGUGUUCCUGGACCCGGCCACAGCGCAGCGGAACCUGGUGCUGUCGGAGGACGGGAAGCAGGUGUGGUACGAGGAGCACCGGCAGGCGGUGGCGGAGAGCGGGCGGCGCUUCCAGCCGGCGCUGUUUGUGCUGGCGCGCGAGGGCCUGAGCUCCGGCCGCCACUACUGGGAGGUGGACGUGGGCGGGAAGACGGCGUGGACGCUGGGUAUGGCGCGGCAGUCUGCCCGCAGGAAGGGCGAGAUCAAGCUCAGCCCCGGCAGCGGCUUCUGGUGCCUGUGGCUGAAGGGGGGGCAGAUCAAAGCCCUCUCCUCCACACGCCUGCCCCUGCAGCUGGCCACGCCCCCGCACAAAGUGGGCAUCUACCUGGACUACGAGGCGGGGCAGGUGUCCUUCUACGAUGUGAAGGCACGCUCGCACCUCUACACCUUCAUGGAUGCCUUCAGCGAAAGUCUCUUCCCCAUCUUCAGCCCCUGUCUCAACCAGGACGGCAAGAACUCCGGCCCCCUUGUCAUCUCACCUGUCAAACACAGCUGAGCCGCAGAGACCUGCUCCCAAACUCCCAAACCCCACCCCCUAACCUACAGACACCUGCUCCCAAACUCCCAAACCCCACCUCCUAACCGACAGACACCU